AUGGACGCUAUAAGCCGAGCAUUGCACAAAGCUACUCGAUCACCGUUCUCAGGAGAGAUCGAAUGGGCAUUGAUGCCGAGCAGAUUUACCAUACCUCCAUUUAUUUCUUAUGAUGGGAAGAUAGACCCUGUAGAACAUGUAAGCCAUUAUAUCCAGAUGAUGUCUUUGUAUAGCCAUAAUGAUGCGUUAAUGUGUAGGGUGUUUUCCUCUAGUCUCGGGCCCACUACUCUGAAGUGGUUCAAUGGGUUGAGGAAGGGCUCGAUUCAUAGUUUUAGAGAUCUGAUUCAAGAGUUUAGGGUUUGGUUUAUAACCUGUACCAGGUACCAAUAUCAGUGGACGUAUUUGCUAUCUAUGAAGAUGGGAGCCGAGGAAACCCUUCAAAGUUACACUAGCAGGUACUGGGAACUGUAUAACGAGAUCAGUGGGGGUAAUGAAAAAAUGGCAGCAAGCACUUUUUGGUUGGGAUUUCCCGAGGACUCUGAAUUACGAGAUUCACUGACGAAGAGGCCUCCCAAGGAUAUGAGACAAUUAAUGAGGGGUAUUGAGGAGUACAAGAGGUUAGAGGAUGAUCGGCAACAGAGCAAGGGGAAGGCACUGGUCACUAAAGAGUUCCGACAAAGGGGUUUUCAGCCAAGACCCAAAAUGGACCUAAGGAUUCAAGAACCUGGCGCUCAGGCAGGGGAAGUAAACAUGACGUUCAAGGAGCCCGUGCACAAAAUUCUGGACUGA